AAUUAAUAAUUAACAACUUUUUGUUAAAGAGGUAUUAUAUUCAAGCUGCUCAUGUCAUGGCUGCCAGGAACGGAAAAGAUCCAAAGGAGCUCAAAUCACUAACACAUACACCUUCUGGUAGAUCCUAUUCAUCCACUGAUGACUCUCCCUACUUGGAAUCUGAGGAAGAGUCCCCUCACCUAACAGCAUCAGUGGCUGCAAGUGUGCAGUUGUCUACAACAGAUUGUACGAAGUCCCAAUUGGUAGCACCAGCAACUUUACAUAUCAAUGAGGCUACACCACAAGCUACAGCUCAGCCAUCUCAUCCAGAUUUUCUGAGUGCAGGACAACGGGAUUCUAACUCAGAGCCUCGUAGUGGGGCCGGGGCAGAGGGUAAUCCACAUGGUCAGUGCACUGAGGAGAAUAAUGGUGUGCCUUUCUGCCAACCUUCUGAACAUACUAGAUUGCUUCAACGUCCGGUGCCACAGCUGUCUGUGUUUCAGAGACUCCAAAAUCGGCUCAAAUCACAUCCCCAAUUGUGUACGACAUGUUCUUUGUGCACUCUUGUUGGACUCUUGAUCAUUAUUGUCUGUGUUGCUGUUCCUGUUGUCAUAGCUCCAUGUAGGGACUACUCAACUAGCCUGGAUAUCUUCAGUAACGAUAGUAUCCUGUUUGUUCCCAACAUUGGCACUUCUUGUCACUCGGAUUUAUUUGCACAAGAAUUUAGCUCGACUCAAGAUGACUCUACCGUGCAGGAACUUCGAUUAUAUACUGGAAAAUGUGAAGAUGUCCGUAAGCAUCGGGAAACUGUCAGUGAUUCGCGGUAUGGCUACACAAACGUCACUCGGUCGUUUGGUGUCUACGAGAAACAGUAUUUUUCUCAAAACUCAAAUGUAUCUGUUUCCAUUAAUGCGUCGACACCUCUUGGUAGGAGUAGUGAAGUGAUUGUAUGUAUUUUUGAUAACCAAACACAUUUUCAAGACUUCAUAACUGAUGAGGAGCACUGGAAGAAGCACAUUCAGUAUGCUGUGUACUGCAACAGUACAAUGGUCAGUACAGAUACACCUACAUUGGCAAGUGUUUUCGAUUUCAACUUUAAAGCAGACGCCUACUACUCUAUAGGGCUUGGCUCCUACGAUUUGAUAUCGUAUCUCGAUGUAUUUGUUCGUGGGGACCGAUAUCGAUAUGAUACAGUUAAUCUCACGAGGGUCAAUUGCACUCUACGAACUAUUUCUGACCCCCCCUGUCACCUGCCUAUGUUGAACACAGGUGGCUUCCCGUGUGUGUUGGCCCAGGCUGUACCUCCGUCGGAAGGCACACAUGGUUUCUCUGGUCUCCAAGUAACAUCAGGUGCUGCUAUGAGUGUUGCUCAUGCAGGUGUUACGAUUGGGAUACCUGCGACUGUUAUCGUGAUUGUUAGUGUUGCGUUGACAGUAAUAUCCGUUUUGUGUUUAUGGAAGUUGUCAAAGUCUCAGUGAGUGUUUUAUGUGUGUUUGUUUAGUGUUUCUCACGUCUGUAAAUUUAAACUGAGUGAUCACUUCCACACGUUUUAUGUUUUACUCUUGUAAUUAAUUCUGUGUAAUUAUGCUCCACUCAUAGAGCUUUUACGAUUUACCCUUACUAGAGCUCUCAUCGCUGUACCAUUUUCAUUCUCAUAUCUUUUUUUUUAUGUAUGUUGCAAUUGAUCACCAUAACUGUUUAACUUUUGUAUAGUCUUUGUGAGUGUGUUGUAUGUUUAUGUCUGCAUAACACAUAAUUUUUUUGGUUUCAGUGUUACUUUUUACCGUAUUACUAGAAUGUUUUGCGAGCAUAAAACAUACGAACUUUGCGAUGAUUGAUCAAUUCGCAACAAUAAAAUCCGCAAAACCUAAAUUAUUACACACGAUUCUUGCCAGAAUGCAAUAGUUAGAUCGCAAAGAGUCAAAUUUUCUGCUGAUUUGGCUCAUUCGCAAAGGUUUUUCACCAGCAAAAUAUUCUACUAAUACGGUAACCAAAUGUUUCUGCCCUCACUUAUCAAUAUGUUUUAUAAUUAUGACUAUUAUUUUGUACAUGCACUCAUCGUUGGGACUGAAUUAUGAUUAUGUUUGUUGGAUUACAUUAUUUAUUUUGUAUAUUUAUGAGUCUACUCCGAUCUACAAUUAAUUUAUGUUA